UGAACUGUAUUAUACAAUGAACAAUAGUUUCUUUAAAGCACUACAGUACCCGUGAAAAGAGAAAAAGGGGCUGAACUUGAAGAACACCUGAAAAGAAAUUCAGUCAGGCUAUUCAGCGGAGGAUUCAAGUCUGUAUCUGUGAGCCGCAGCUAUGACUGAGGGAACGCAUUUGCGGAGGCGAGGGGGGCCGUACAGGACAGAGCCAUCCACAGACCUGAGCCGCUGGAGACUGACUAAUGUUGAGGGGAGGCAGACCUGGCACUAUGUGGAAGAUCAGGAAACCCCAGACAGAGAGCAGACCAUGCUGGAAGCCCAUUCACUAGGCAUGGACACGAAUAAGUUUGUGUCUGACUCUCCAGCUGCCCGCACAGCCGUAGAUGCUGCUCUGAAAGGUAUGCACUUCUACAGUCACCUCCAGGCUGAGGACGGUCACUGGGCAGGGGACUAUGGUGGACCUCUCUUCCUGCUCCCAGGCCUCCUGAUCACAUGCCACGUGGCUAAGAUUCCUCUGGCCAUGGCCUGGAAGAAGGAGAUGGUGAGAUACCUGCGCUCCGUUCAGCUGCCAGACGGAGGGCUGGGAUUACAUAUUGAAGACAAGUCUACCGUUUUUGGCACAGCGCUGAGUUACACCUCAUUAAGGAUCUUGGGAUUAGAGCCGGAUGAUCCAGAUAUGGUUCGAGCCAGGAACAACCUGCACAGCAAAGGUGGUGCAGUAGGAAUUCCCUCAUGGGGUAAAUUCUGGUUGGCCAUUUUAAAUGUCUACAGUUGGGAGGGAAUGAACACACUCCUACCAGAGAUGUGGUUGUUCCCAGCUUGGAUGCCUGCCCACCCCUCUACUUUGUGGUGUCAUUGUCGCCAGGUCUACCUCCCCAUGAGCUACUGCUAUGCAGUCAGACUGGCAGCUGAGGAAGACGCCCUGGUCCUCAGCCUUAGACAGGAACUUUAUGUCCAAGACUAUGCCACCAUCAACUGGCCAGCUCAGAGGAACAAUGUGGCAGCAUGUGACAUGUACACACCUCACAGCACACUACUCACCUUCGCCUACAUGGUGUUAAAUGUGUAUGAAGCCCACCACAGCACCACACUGAGAGGAAGGGCUGUCAAAGAGCUGUAUGAGCACAUCCAGGCUGACGACCGCUUCACUAAAUGUAUCAGCAUUGGACCGAUCUCCAAGACUAUAAAUAUGCUGGUUCGCUGGUAUGUAGAUGGUCCUGCCUCUCCAGUUUUUCAGGAGCAUGUGUCCAGGAUCCCUGACUACCUCUGGCUGGGACUAGAUGGCAUGAAAAUGCAGGGCACCAAUGGAUCUCAACUAUGGGAUACUUGUUUUGCUGUACAGGCUUUCCUUGAGGCAGGAGCCCAGGACAGCCCUAGGCUUGCUGAGUGCCUCCAACACGCCCAUAACUUUCUCACCAUCACACAGAUACCUGAGAAUCCUCCUGAAUACCAGAAGUACUACAGACAGAUGAACAAGGGAGGCUUCCCCUUCAGUACCCGUGACUGUGGUUGGAUCGUGGCUGACUGCACAGCUGAGGGCCUGAAGUCAGUGAUGCUGCUGCAGGAGUUCUGUCCUUCCAUCAGCCAGCCUGUCACCUCUGAGCAUCUAUAUGACGCUGUCAAUGUGCUGCUGAGCAUGAGAAACUCAGACGGUGGAUUUGCCACAUAUGAAACUAAGAGAGGGGGUAGACUCCUGGAACUACUCAACCCUUCUGAGGUGUUUGGUGACAUCAUGAUAGAUUAUACCUAUGUUGAAUGUACCUCAGCUGUAAUGCAGGCUCUGAGGCACUUCCAGAAGGCAUACCCCGAACACCGUGCUGAAGAGAUAAGGUCCACUCUGAGAGAUGGACUGGAGUACUGCAGGAAGGUGCAGAGGCCUGAUGGAUCCUGGGAAGGGUCCUGGGGAGUGUGCUUCACAUAUGGAAUAUGGUUUGGCCUUGAAGCCUUUGCUUGUAUGGGUCACAUCUACAAGGAUAAGGAUGUGUGUGUAGAAGUGCAGAAAGCUUGUCAGUUCCUGUUGGACCGACAGAUGUCGGACGGAGGCUGGGGGGAGGACUUUGAGUCGUGCGAGCAGCGGCGCUACAUCCAGAGCAGCACUGCUCAGAUCCACAACACUUGCUGGGCUUUGUUAGGCCUCAUGGCUGUCAGGCACCCUGACAGGCAGGCCAUUGAGAGAGGAGUACAGCUGCUGAUUGACAAGCAGCUGCCCAAUGGAGACUGGCCACAGGAGAAUAUCGCAGGAGUGUUUAACAAGAGCUGUGCGAUCAGCUACACCUCCUACAGAAAUGUCUUUCCAGUCUGGACCCUUGGCCGCUUCUCAACACUUUACCCUAGCAGCGCGCUAGCUGGGAAGGUCAAACUAUGAAGAAUUUAAAAAGUGAAUCAGACUGUGUGCCAGAGAGAGAAAACAGAAUGUCUUCAACUAAAGAGGAAUUUGACGGUUGAACCAUCAGAUAAAGUAACACGUCAUUCGUUGGAUUUCUUUCUAUGUUGACAUUCCAGCACUGCUCAUCCACAAGAGGUGCUCCUCCUUUCAAAUCUGUUGUGAUCAACUCAAUGACCCAGUUAAUAUUCUCUGGUUUACAAAGUGUUUAAAAGCAUUUGUGUCCAUGUUGAUCAGACACAAAGCACAUAUGGAAAUUACAGCAGUUCUUCUAUUUGGAAAAGAAUUCAUCACAAAACUUUUUGCAUUUGCUUUCAGUCAGGACUUGCAGCAAAUGUUGCGACAUCCAGAGAGAAUUCAAACCUGCAACCUUGCAAUCAUAGUCUGCCAGUAAACUUUAGGUGCAGACUUUCUAUAUAUUGUCAAAUCUGCAAUAAAGAAUACAAACUAGAUUGUUAGUCACACUGCAUGCACUCAUGGCGUGUUGCACUUUGUGGUGCGUGUGAGGCUGGGUUCUCUGCUACUCAUUAGAUCCUGAUUUAUUCUGUGGAGAAGUAAUUAGUUUCUAAAGUGUCAGUUGUUUGCCCUUUCACCACUUUCAAGGUUCUCUCUCAAGUUUCACUAACACACCUGAGUUGAAAUGGAAAACACUUUCAAAGGUGUGGUCACAAGGAAUGUUUUGAGAUUUGUAUGUGGAGGAGUGCCUGAGUGCUUUAUCAUGGGAGUAUCUCAAAUAAACAUAAACUGUAUGUGUGUUUACUAGUGUUGCUGAGGUGCAGGGACAGGUGACUGCAGAAGCCAGCAGUUAGAUCCCGUUCUUGGAUAACAGGCAGACAAAACAACACUGUAACUGGAUAAGCGUGUGUUUUCUGUUGUCUAUUGUUUGUUUAGAGUCUUAAGUAUAGCACAGAUGCUGAUAAUAAAGCUAGUUUUAACUCACCUCCCUCACAUUUUCCACAUAUCCUCCUUUGGAUGACUCGCUGGUAGCACCGAGUCAGUCAAGUGAUGUUGCAAUGUUGCCCAAAUGGAAAGAAUGACCUGAUUUUCUCCCUUAAGACUUCACUUGAGACUUCACUCCUUAAAUAUAUGUCUUGAGAUGUGACUCCCUAAAUGGGUGACUUGUGACAUGACUCGCUAAAGAUUUGAUUUGAACUUGAGUUUAGACUUUACUAAACUCAGAUGAUGGAUGGAUGGAUGGAUGGAUAGAUUGACCUCGGACUUGACACUUGACUCAAUAAAUACUUGUCUUGACAAGAGACCUGAAAGCAGAAACCAAGUCUCAAGUGCUGAACAGGCCUUUUAAAGCCACAUCACUUGGAUUUUGAUGUAUUACACAUGUGCACUGAGUUAACUUGAUAAAUAUUGAUUAUUGUGUUUUACUUAUUCCUAGGUAGCAUCAUUGCCUGUUAUCAUGUUGUCCAGUGUGUGUGUACCAUGAGAUGUAAAAAGUUAGAACAGUUUUCUCAGUGUGUUAACAACAUGGGUAAGCAUCACAAAGCCAAAUGGAAAAUGCACCUUUCAAAACAGAGUGAACAAGAAAACCUUUUGUGUGUAUGCAUGCAAAGAAAACAGACCAAAUGUCUUUCUUCACUCAUGAGAAGAGAAAAUACAGGUUUUCUUGUCUGAUAACAUCACAGUAGGAAAGUAUCAAACAUACAAGCUUGUCAAACGCGCUGUGCAGAAAACAAAAGAACUAAGAAUGAACUCCCUGGUUGCAAUGUAUGUGUUCAUGUGUGCUGGACUGGAAUCUAGCAGAAAAUAUCACAUCACAAUGUUCACCACACCCUCACAUAGCAUAGAUUUUGUGAUGGGACUACAGGCACUGCCCCCCAUGAACAACUACAGGUGUAGCAGCCCUUAAAAAGGAGCAACAGGUGGCCACUGCAUCUGUGGAUCUGCUUUCCAGCACCAAGGGAUCUGUGUGAAAUUAUCUAAAGCAUUUUCUUUAGCAUCUUCUUCAGUUUAGGGGUUUGAAGUUCUGAAAUGGACAGAAACCGAGGAGGCCAUUGCCAUGGCCACGGACGUGGAGGCGGUCACAAACAUGGACACUGUGGCGGUGGUGGCGGUGGUGGCAUUGGUGGCGGUGGUGGCCAUGGCCACAAACAUGGACCUGGACACAAGCGCAGGCACAAGCACAAGCAUGGCCAUAAGCAUAAAAAGUGUCACAAGAAGGGGAAGGACUCUCAUGGGUCCUCUAGCAGCUCCUGCAGCAGCAGCAGUGACUCUGACUAGAUGAAGAUUUCUGGAUAAAACAAGUUGUCAGUUGGAAACCUUCAUCCUAUUAUCUUAUACAAUAAUCUCUUCACUUUAUGGCCUAAUGUUUGGUUAUAUUCAUAUAUGAUUUUAAAAAUGUUUGUAACCAAAAUGUAUUUGUAUUUUUGGUCUAAGAAACAAGUUUUAAGAAUAAAUUUCAAGGUGAAAACAGA